UACAUAAAUAUGUGAUAUGGGAGUUUUUAAUUGCAAUAUGUGAUGAAGUUGUAACUAGCAUAAGGACAUCCAACCUCACAGAUGAAUGGAUCACAUCUUUUUCUAAAGCAAAUGUGCUUUUUACACCUUAAGCAAUAGUUAAGUGAAGUGAACUCCAAGCCUAUCUACAUUAAUUUUACUUCCACAAGCUGCAUACUCAAUAUUAAUUCCACCUCCCAAUAUUUUUAUAUAUACACAUAUAUCACCACAUUCCAAAACACACACACAAAAACCUUCAAAAAAAACGAUGAAACACCACAAACUACUUCACCUCCUCCUGGCCUCUCUCCUAGCCUCCAUCCGACCCUGCAUCGGCAGCGACGGCGACAACCUCUACGACGUCUGCCCGAGCGACGACGCUGCGAGCCAAAAAAUGUUCUUCAACGGCUACCCGUGCAAGGCGCCCUCCGACGUGGCGGCGUCGGACUUCAAGUCGUCCCUGCUGGGGUCGGCCGGGGACACGGACAACUUCUAUCGGUCGUCCGUGACCAUGGCGACGGCCGCGGAGUUCCCCGGGCUGAACACGCUGGGGCUCUCGGCGGCCAGGACGGACAUGGACGUGGAUGGGAUGGUGUUGCCGCACGCCCACCCGCGCGCCUCCGAGAUGAUGUUCGUGAGGGCCGGGGUGGUGGCGGCCGGGUUCGUCGAUUCGGCGAACCAGGUGUUUCAGAAGCGGUUGGGGGAGGGGGAGGUUUUCGUGUUUCCGAAAGGGCUGCUGCAUUUCUGCUUCAAUGCUGGGUUUGAGCCGGCCACGAUUUUCUCCGUGCUCAACAGCCAGAAUCCCGGGAUCGCUAGCGUCUCGGGCGCCAUGUUUGGGGGGAAAGGGAUGAUGGAGAAGCUCAAGGCUGUUUCUAUGGAGGAUUUGAAUGGGGUUAGUAGUAUGGAGUUGUUUGGGGAAUAAGUUUUUUUUAACAAGAGCGUUUUGGGUUUGGCUAAUUUAAUUUGCAAUUAUACCACCACUUUUCUAAAAGGGUAAACACUAGUUAUUUAAAUCAUGAAGUUUGGUAAAUUUUAGUGAAUUCUAAAAGUUUGAAAUUGGAAUAUUAAAUCACAAAAUUUUAAUUUUUCUCAAUUGUCCUUUUUAUAUAAAAUGUUUUUUUAAUAAAAAAAACUCCUAUUUGAAGAAGGAAAUUACAACUAAUGUCAAGAGGUUCAAACUCGGCACCUCAUACAAUAAUGUCUAAGUUCCUUGCCGCUAGGACAAAUGCUCGGGACCUUUUUAUAUAAAAUGUUGGCUUUUGAUGAUGUGCAAAUUAUUUCAUGAUUUGAUAUUCUAACUUCAAACUUCACGAGACUAACUAGAAUUUUAAUCAGAUUUUAUGAUUUAAUGACUAAUAACUAUCCUAAUUAUAAUGCCAUCUUUUUUUUUUUCAAAAAAUCUCUAAAUUUUUCUGAAAGCCUAGCCUAGUUGUGCCCCAAGAAAGACAUGUUUUAGUGAUGGAGAAAAUUGAGAGAUGGUAAAAGUCGUGGUUGUGGGUGAAAAUUAGAGUGGAUAUUGUUGUGUGAACCUUUUUUGUGUGACUAAAUUAUUGAUCAUGUAAUAGUGAUGGUUUUGGUUUGUGUUGUGGGCGUGAGUUUAUUUUGUGACUUUGGCUGAUUUGGAUUUCAAUCUUUUGAUGUAAACACUUGUAUAUAUUUGUAUAUUUUGUGUUGUGAUGUUGGAAUGAAUAAUUUUUAUUGGUUUUGUGUGCAA